AUCUAGACGUGCUUAUUUCAAAACGAGAUUCAUGUAUUUAGAGAUGUCAUUUUAAUUCGCUAAAAACUUUAUUGUUUGUAAUUAUUUACAAAUCGUCGCAAGUUGAUAAGUGGUUGAAAUCCAAUAUGGGUUGUUUUUACUCGAGAAAAAUGAUCGAGGAGGAUACAGUAUACGAUAUGUCACCGAUUCGCCAUCUACCGGUGAUCUUCGUAAACGGUGUACCGGGCGCUGGCAACCAGACGGUUGCGCAGACCAUCUCCAGCAUCACCGGCUAUAUCAUGAUCCGGCCAGGCGAGCUGGUCCGGACCGAGGCGGAUAUGGACACGGCAAGAGGACGACUCAUCGCUGAUAAAUUGCAGGCGCAAGAGGAAAUACCGGAACAAUUAAUAGUGGAUUUGAUAAAAGAAGCGAUGCUGUCGCAACAGGAUGCUAAAGGCUACAUACUGGUCGGCUUCCCAAAGAACCCGCGGAUGUCGAACAUAUUCAAUAGUCAGGUGAAAUGGCCGGAAAAGAUUGUCGCACUCCAGGUUGAUAAUGAGGUGGCAGCGACUCGUCUACAGAACAAGCUGUCUGAGCUGGGCAGGCCUGAAUCGGAGAUCAACGCGGCGCGCGACAUUGUUCGUGACGCCGCCCACAAAGUUAAGAAUGUGCACAAACGCUUUGGAGGACACGUUAUCACGUUGGACAGUAGCGGGAAUCCGAAAGUUCUCGCGUCGACCCUCAAGGAGAUCCUGUCAGACACGAUAGAGCAGAGUCACAACAGGUCGGAGGAGAGCCCGCCCUGCGCCCUCUCCGCGCCCGCAGUACAUUACCAGCCACCCCACGCACCCCACGCGCCUCACGCGCCCCACGCACCCCACGUACCCCACGCGCCUGUCCCAGUCACCGUGCACGAAGAUAAGGAAGCGGCCCAUUGACGCCCUAGUCACCUAGGACUUGUGCUCUUGAAUAUUGUAUACGCAUAUUUUAAAUAGCUUUUGUUUUAUGGUGGUCUUAUUAAACUAGCCAGUAUUUAAUAA